AUGCGGACGGAAUCGACCCUACCUAUCAAGUCACAAGUGCUCAAGCAAAAUGAGGUGAUCGCGUGUCCGGAAGUAGUGACGGAGCCAGAGCACUUUGUGGCGUGCUACCAGACGAAUCAGAUGGCGAAGGUCAUGGGACUCAGCGGCCAUUUCCCCUUCACGUUCGACGAUAAGACUUUCAUCGGCUCGGGAGAAGGAUCAGCACCUGGGCCGCUGGCCUUUGUGGCAGGCGACGAUUCCCUAGAGACCCUGCUACGGGUGAACAAGGACCGCUAUGACGCAGUCAAGGACCAGCAGUUCACCGAAGCGGAGGCAGGGUCUGCAGUCUUGAGUUCGGCUCCAAACAACUUUACUUUCGUCGUGUUCAAGUCGUCUGCAGUGUUCAAGUCGUCGUCUGCAGUCAGCAUGUUUGGCUCCGAGCAGCCCGUUGUCCCGACUUUUUCUUUCUUCGCGGAGUUCGUCAAGUCGAGUUCCGGCUUCGAGAUACCGCUGGAUCUCACCCGCGAUUUGGUCGCGGCAAAGCUCACGAGCUCGCUUGCGAGCAAGGGCAAGGACGCGGCCGGCGACGGAGAGCUCGGCUGGAAGGGGGCGUAUGUUCGCUUCGGCAACACGGAGCCCGGGCUGCUCAAUCUGGUCAAAGGGCGCGGCAAGUGGUCUCCGUCGGGAGCGACGGCAGCGGCGGCUUUCGGAGGCUUUGGAAGGGAGGUUCGCAGCACCCUGAGGGAGGCGGCGAACCAGCUGAGCAACAAACUUUCGCACGCUCAGCACCUGGACGAGGUCACAUGGACCACCAAGAACUGGCACGGGCUGCAGAUGCAGCGCUUGUCUGUCGUUCUCCACACCGCCGUGGCGUGGCAGACGGUGAACGAGCUAGCGUGCGGGGAGAGCGGCAUUGUGCACGGUGCGGAAUGCAUUGCCGUUCUUAACGGAGUCGCUUAG